UCUCAAUUCCACAACCUCUUUCGUGCCCGAGAUGGAUGCCCUCUAUUCCAUCUUCCAAUCGACGCUGAGCCCCGACCCGAACACGAGGGUGAGGGCCGAGCUCGACCUCCGGGCUACCGAGGCGCAGCCUGGUAUGUUGCCUGGCGUGCUUCAGAUUGUUGCGAGCGAGCAGGCAGAUGGUACCAUUAGGCAGGCGGCUGCGAUCUACCUGAAGAAUCGCCUGCGCAAAUCGUGGGACGAUGAGGGAAACAAUGCCUCGUCGUCCAAAGGCCCCGCCGCUGUCCCUCAACAAGACCGCGAGCCUAUCAAGUCGUUGCUACUCCCCACACUCGUUUCAACCACUGGCCAGGUACAGGUACACGUCGCAUCUGCCUUCCACACCCUCGUGCGAGCCGACUUCCCUUCCAAGUGGCCCGACCUCAUGGACAAUGUCGGCCGCCUUGUCAAGAGCCAGACGCCCAAGGAAGUCUACGGCGGUAUUCGCGCUCUCCUUGAGAUCGUCCGCGCCUUCCGCUGGAUUGACGAUGCUAACCUCAUGGAGCCAAUCGUCGCCUCGACGUUCCCUACCAUCCUUGCGACGGGCACGCAGCUCCUUCAGUCCCCCGAUGUCGACUCGCAGGAUGUGGGCGCGCUCAUCUAUAUCAUACUGAAGGUGUACAAGAGCUCCAUCAACAGUCAGAUGACGUCGCACCACCAGAGCAACGAGAGCAUCAUUCCUUGGGGUAAAUUCCUCCUCGACGUUGCGCAGCGUCCCGUCUCGUCUGCCUCGCUGCCCUCAGAUGAGGACGACCGUGAAAUCUGCCCUUGGUACAAGGCCAAGAAGUGGGCAUGCUUCUCCCUCAACAAGCUCUUCUCGCGGUACGGUAACCCCUCGCAGCUUCCCUCAACCCUCCAGUCCUACAAGCCCUUUGCAGAGCGCUUUGUCGCCACCUUUGCACCGGAGAUCCUCUCCGCCUACCUCCGCCUCACCGAGUCCUCGAUCAAGGGCGAAGUCUGGCUCUCAAAGAAGCAGACGCACCUCAUCCUCCGCUUCUACGAGGAGUGUGUCAAGCCGAAAUCCACGUGGUCCCUUCUCAAGCCGCACGUCAAUACGCUGGUGCAGCAGUUCGUCUUCCCGAGGCUCUGCACGAGGCAGGCAGACGAAGAGCUCUGGGAGCUGGAUCCCGUCGAGUUCGUGCGAUUCAACAUCGACCCGAUCGACAUUGGUGGGCCGGAAACGAGCGCUUCGAGCUUUUUGACCGUCGUGGCCUCCAAGCGCACAAAGACAGCAUUCCUUCCUCAGCUGGAGUUUGUCACCUCCGUCGUUCAAGCUUACCCUGCCUCGCGAUCCGCGGCAGAGAAGGCAGGCGCACUUGCAAUGUGCAAAGCGAUGGACCUGACGAUGCUGCACCAUCCCAAAGUCUCUACCAGUCUCGAGGGCUUCUUCUCCCAGUACGUCGUACCAGAGCUCACCUCUCAGGACAGGGUGCUCCGCUUCCGUGCCUGCCAGCUCAUCUCAGCCUUCGGCAGCAAGAUGGCAUGGCGCAACUCUGCCAACCUCCAAGCCGCUUUCAUGGGAGUCAUGCAAUGCGUGACGGACGAGGAGCUGCCCGUGCGGGUCGAAGCCGCUGCGGCCUCCACGGUCCUCAGCGAGCACGAUGAGAUCCACGCAGCCAUGGCUCCCAAUGCCCCGCGUCUCAUGCAAGAGCUCCUCAAGCUGUCCGACGAGCUCGAGCUUGACUUGCUCACCGAAGCCAAGAGCAAGGUGGUGGAGCGUUUCUCUGAGGAGCUCAUGCCCUUCAGCGUGGAGCUUGUCGAGCAGAUGAAGAACAGCUAUGUGCGCCUCGUGGAGACUUACAUGGCUUCGGCGGACAUCGCAGAGGACGGAACGCACGAGUUCAACAUCAACGAUGGCGAGGGCGAUCGUCUCUUUGCUGCCAUUAGCGCAUUGCAGACAAUCUACUCUGUCCUCACCAGCUGUGACGAGAAGCCGGAGAUCCUCGCCCAACUCGAAGGGUCUGUGCUGCCCCUCGUGGCCUUCACCAUCGAGAAGGAGGCAAUCGAGCUCUACGAUGACUGCUUCGACCUGCUGGACGUGCUCACUUUCUAUCAGAAGAAGGUCUCGCCUGGCAUGUGGGGCAUCUUUGAGCUCAUGGCCAAAUCCUUCCUUGACGGAGCCGGGAUCGACUACCUGGCUGAGAUGCUCAGCACGUUUGACAAUCUCGUGUCUUACGGCACAGACGUCUUCAAGUCCAACGAGAACUACCGCAAGUUGCUCCUCGGCAUCUAUGAGAAGGCGAUGAAGUCCGAUCAGCUCGGUCUGGGCGAUCACCUCUCUGCUUGCAGGCUGGCGGAUGUGGUGCUGCUCCUGCUGAAGGGUAGCAUCGACGAAUACGUGCCCAUGAUCGUCUCCACGGUCCUGCCACUGCUGGACGAGAGCAAGGCGCAAGGCGCAACCGCCAACCUGCGCAAGUGGGCUUGCAUCGUCAUCCUCGACGCUCUCGUCUACGAUGCAGGCCUGACGUUGCGCUGCCUCGAGUCGAGCGGGGCGACGCAACACUUCUUCACCUUGGCCUUGGGCCAGGUCGUGCCCAAGCUAGUCAAGGUACACGAGAAGAAGGUCGUGGCACUGGCGCUCAUGAGCGUUCUUGGCCUGGACGAGGGGCAAGCACCGCAGGCCAUUAAGGCUGGCGAGACACAGCUCCUCACCUCUUUGCUGGACAAUCUCGCAGGCAUCCCGGAAGCGAUCAAGCGCCAGCGUGCUUUGGAAGACGCCUUUGUGGACGAUGAGGACGAGGAUGCUGAGGAGGAGGACAUCGACGGUGGAGCUGAUGACAUUGCGAGCCAAGUCAUUAACGAUGGGGACGAUGAUGCGGACGUGCACGACGAGGAUAACGAGUACCUCGAGCUUCUCGCACGCGAAGGCGCCCGUUUGCGCGCCAAGGCCGCUGCUGCUGCUGGCGCCUCGGCUGGAACAGGCGGUGACGAGUACGCAGACGUGUCGUACGAUGCGGACUCGGAUGAGGAGGCCGAUGAGGAUGAGGACGAGGAGGGCGUCGUGUAUGAGAGCCCGCUCGAUGACGUGCCCGUGUUUGACCAUUUCCGUCAACUGAUGACGCAUCUGCAGAACACGCGACCCAACGUUCUUGCGGGGCUUGGCGCAGAAGGCUCGAGUAGGGUCACUGAGGUUGGGAGCAUCAUGGAUGAGAGGGUUAGGAGGGAGGAGGGCGACGAGAGUCAGGCGAGCAUUCAGUAAGGGAGCAUGAAGGGCCGGAGGCUGGAGAGGAGGAAGGAGUAUACCAAGUGAAAUCGUAGAUGCCGCAGGGAUGUUUUUUGAAAACAUGCGCAGUAGAUUGCAGAAUCUAUCGGCCCGAGCUGAAGGGCGUGGGUAGGGCGCAAACCAGCCUCAGGCGUCGUGGCAGGUACGCUGCCCAAGAUCUCAAUCUCUUCAUGUGGUGAUUUUGGCUUUGCAUUCUAGCACAGCGGCCGCUACAUGGGGGGCUGCGCUGAAGUAGGAUCGUCACAAAUCGGAUCUAGAGCUUAGCCAGUGAGAUGCGCCCGGGCGAGGAGUUGUCCCUGUUUAUUGCCUGCGCCAAAGCAGGUGGAAAGUCAGUUCAUCAGUCAGAACUUCGUUUCGUAGUGAAAGAAAGAUGUGCGCGCGCACACACUCACAUCUUGAUGACGCAACGAAUGCAACCUCCCU